AUGGCAACGAGGACGCCAAACGACAAUACCCGCCAAGCUUACGAUCAAAUCAUUAUCGACAUCACCACCUACGUCUAUCACCACAAGCCAUCGAGUCCCAAAGCAUGGCUCCACGCUCGCACGGCGCUUCUGGACGCCCUUGGCUGCGCCAUCGAGACCCUGACGACAAGUCCUGAAUGUGUGCGCAUGCUAGGCCCCGUUGUUCCGGGCACAGUAGUUCCCAAUGGCUUCAGGUUGCCUGGUACCUCGUAUCAAUUAGAUCCCGUCAAAGGAGCCUUCGAUAUGGCUAUACUGAUUCGCUAUCUUGACCAUAGUGAUGGGUUUUAUGGCGCUGAAUGGGGACAUCCGUCGGACAACCUCGGUGCCAUUCUCGCCGUCAGCGACUGGCUCAAUCGUACCUCCCCCAAAGUCCGCGGCAGUAAUCCCAUGGCUCCGCCCCUCACAGUAUCAACCCUUCUCACCGCUCUCAUCAAAGCCUAUGAGAUCCAAGGGAUAUUUCAAAUCCUUAAUUCCUUUAACGCCCUUGGUCUUGAUCAUGUCAUUCUCGUCAAAGUAUCCGCGACGGCGGUCACCUGUUGGCUUCUAGGCUUGAGCGAGCCGCAGACCCACGGUUAG